AUUUCCGAGGCUCCCUGAACGCAGCCUUUUCACCGCAUCAACCUGCCCAGUUUAUUAUUAGCCGUUUAGUCCGUUUGUCUUUCAUACAGGUGUGUUUCCACUCGUCCUUUUGUGUCAAAUGCAGAAAACUCCAGAUGGGAAACUAAAUGGCCGGUGACUCACAACAGACCGGAAUGUUUGUGGGAAACAAAAAAACAACAAGCAACAACGGUGACAUGUUAGCCUCAGUAGGACAGGUGCCUGUCGAUAUUUGAAACGUUAGCAGCAUUGUUGUGCUACAGAAAUCAGUGUUUCGGCUUCACGAAGACGACAUAAAAGGACAUCAUUUAUCAAGCAACCAGAUACCUACAGAGGGUGGAGCUCCACAUCAGGAAACCUGCCGCCUCCUCCCUCUCCCCCUCCACUCCCAUCCCUCUCUCACCUGCCCUCACCUUCCACCUUAUUAUCUCCUAUCCCCACAACUCCCUCUUUUUCCAUCUCCAUCCAUCGCUGACAUGGCGUCGGCUCAGUCGGAGCAGUCCAGCGUCCUGCAGGACGAGCUCACCUGCCCCGUGUGCCUGGACUUGUACCGCGACCCGCACUUGCUUCCUUGCGGCCAUAACUUCUGCAAGAACUGCCUCAACCGCUUAAGGCGACAAGCGGAUCGAGGUCGCUUCCGCUGCCCCGAGUGCCGCGACAGCCACCGCUGUGGCCUCAACUUUCAGAAAAACUUCAAACUAGCCAAUAUUGCCGACGACUACCGGCACCGGCGCAGCGCCACCACCACUGCGGCUGCUGCAGCUUCAACAUCCAGAGAGCCGCUGUCCUCUAGUCUUUCAGUGCAGCAAGGCAAGAGUGUGUUGGCUGUUCCCUGCGACUACUGCCCCGCAGCGGCUGCAGAGGCAUCGGCCGUCAGCGCUGUGGACGACAAGUAUUCUGCUGCUUCAGGAUCUGUGGUGGUGAUGGAGAAGCAGGAAGCCGCAGCCGCCUCCGUGUCGAUGUUUGCCGUCAAGACGUGCCUGAAGUGUGAGGUGUCGAUGUGCCAGGAGCACGUGAAACCACAUCUGGAGCUGCCGGCGUUUCGCGAGCAUCCGCUGACUGAACCCAUGAACGACUUGUGGAAGAGGAAGUGCCCGGAUCACGAUGAGAUAUACAGGUAUUACUGCAUGGAUGACAAGAUGUGUGUGUGCAACGCCUGCACCAUAGAAGGAGGACACUCGGGACACAAAAUCAAGACCCUGAAGAACACCAUGAAAGAUUUCAAGGAGAGUUAAGUCCUCUUCCUCCAUUCUCCUGAACAGAGUGUAACUCUGAGAGGCUUCCAGUUCACUGUGCUGGUUGUCCAGUCCAGAAACCUGUUGAAUUUAACAUGUGGCAUGAGUCACACAGAACUGACCCCAAAUCAGUGUCAUUUCCAGACAAUUUUCCUUGUGUUGGCAGCGAAUGGACAUAAUUAAUACAUCAACAGUGUAAUAGACUCCUCUGUUUCUUUGUACAGACAGUGUCCAUAAUAAUCAUUCCGGACAAUGUCUUAGAUCGGAUAUUAUUGGAUAUUUCAAUGGGUUUUAGGUCUUCUUUUAACCUUAAAAAGACAUUAUAAGCAGCAGUAAAACAAAGUACUUUCCAUUGGC